AUGAAUGCAGAAGGCCGCCUGGGCAACAACAUCUGCCAGUAUAUGUCUCUGGCCGUCAUCAGGAAGGUCUUCGGCGUCCGGGCUGCAAUUACUGAACAUAUGAACAGUCAACUUGGGUCAAUCUUCCCCAAGCUGAGUCUGCCGGUUGAAAACCACAAGUGCUUCCCGGGCCACGCUGCACAAGACACCUUCAUCCAGCUGUACAAGAAGCUUGCGGCCAAGACCCCAAGCAGAAGUAGAGCGAUGUUUGACUUGCAGCUGCAACAUUACCCCCUCAUGGAGUCUGUUUAUGUCUCGGACUACCCGUGCCCGGCGCAUCUACUCCUUCCCCUAAGGGACCAAUUUCGUCACGAGUUCGCUUUCUCAGAGAAAGUUCUUAAAACUGCAAGAAUUGCGCUUGACGAUGCAGUUAAGAGAGUUUACACUGACUCCUCAGCAGUCAUCACAAUAAUUACGGUCCACAUUCGCAGGACCGACUACCUCAAACACGUCAAGAACUUUUAUAAAGAAUAUCCCGUAGAUAUGAUAUAUUUUCAUGAAGCAUUUAAUUUCUUCAGAAACAGGACUGACUUUCCGGUAUUCGUGGUGACCAGCGAUGACCCGCAGUGGUGCAAGACCAAUCUUAUUGACCACGAUGUUGUGUACGCUGGGACGGACCCUGUAGUGGACCUGGCCUUGCAGUCCCUGGGCGACCACCAUAUCAUUACUGAUGGAACCUUUGGCUUCAUCGGCGCCUUCCUUGGGAGAGGCAUCAUCGUCUACCCUUACCCCAAUGGCUGGCCUCUCUACCCUUGCUUCAACUCCUCUAUCCUUCAACCCAUCACCAGGAACAAUGCGACCUUCGUAACCCCUCAUGUGUCAGUAUUGGUACACUCUGUCACACUUUAUAUGCUACUACAGCAGGUACAAUGUUGUUAAUAUAUCCAGUUAUCCCACACCAACCUGUACCAGUGUGAGAGUGUGCACUCUCAGAGCAAAAACUUAUUGAGUGAUGCUAAGGAGGUGAUGCUUGAAAGAGGCAAUUCCGUAAUUUGUUAAACGAAGUUUAUCAAGUUGAAUAUCAAAACUCUCGGUACAUCGAGAGAAGUACAAUGAGGUCAACAGUUAUGACCUGGGUCACCUGGGUCAGCUGCAAUGCAGAAUGCAGGACUCUAGGAAGUAGGGUACAUCCUACCAGGGGGAGAAAUUGUUGAAGUGAGAUGGGUAAGGGGGGGAGAAACAGCCUUCCCAUCACAAAGUCGUUGCAUUUGUUAUUACCAGCUCCCCCCUCCCCAACAAACCUCCUUAGAAACAGUGGGGCAUUGUUCUGGGAGCUGAUGGCACCAGAUGUUAUGCCACUAGGAGCGAGUGGAUCAUAGGGACUGUCUCCUUCGUCCUUCUUUUUUUCCUAUGUACCAUUUGUUAUUUCGUAUUGUUAUUAUGUAUUUAAACAUUAUUGAGUGUCAUUAAUGUUAAUGAUUGUAAUGGAAUUUGAUAGGAUUAAAUAAUUUUGUUUCGAGGCAUCUGUUACAAAAUUUUGUUUUUAGUUCAUGGUUAUAGUAGGGCAGGAUAAGAAAUUCGUUCUUUAAAGCAAUUUACAUACGCAUUUCUUAAUUCCAGAGAGAGAGU